AAGGAGUUAUUACUGUCCCCAUAUCCGCACUUACACACACAUACGCACCGCUAGUGGAAACAAAUCAACUCUGUUUUGGCGCCAUGCGGCGUAGUUGCUCUGCACUUUGCCUUCACUUUGGCAGACCGACCCAAACGACCGCGACUCGGCCAAAAGCAGAGCCAUAGCCAAAGCUAAAGCCUGAGCCAGAGCCACAGCCAGAGAGCCAAUGGGCCAACGGGCUGACGGGCCAAAAGGCACCCAGCCAGCCAGGCAGUCAGCCAGCCAGCCAUCCAGCCAGGCCAACUAGUUUUUCUUCAGUUUCUCCUUUGGCUUUUAUUGUGUGUUGUUUAGUAUGCCAUUGGUGCUAACAACGUGCGGUUCGUUCUUGCGGUUUUGUCGCCGCCCGGCAACUCGGCAAACGGGGAAACGGAAUAAAUUCUAGCCUAAUAGCUGGUUCAAAGUGCAUUUAAGCUAGAUCUGAAGAUUACACAAGACGAGAGACGAGAACUCGAAUCAAAGUUCCUUGAACUCCAAGAAUAUAGAACAUACUUCAAUUCCUUUUUUUUUGGGGGUUUAGUUUGGGGUAUAUACCCUUUACCGAGGGUUGCACUUUAAAGGUGAUUACUUUAUAAAUAUUAAUAGGAUUUAUUGAUUGGCUUAUUGGGGGCUAAGGUCUAACCGAGUCCUGAGACAUAUGUCCUUUCUGUCGCCCACCCUACGUUUGGAAAAUCUAUCGACGGAGCCAAUCAUGACCCAGGAUCAUAUUCCGGAGGACCAGCGCUACAACAAGCAGAACAUAGUGGCCCAAUGGUGUGUCCCCAUCAACGGCAAGAUGUACCGCAUCGAGCUGGAACAUGGCACAACCAGUGGGCGGCGCAUGAUUUGGGUCAAUGGACGAGAGGUGCUGCGUCGCGACUGGAUGUUCAAGCUGGUUGGCGAGGACACGUUCCACAUUGAUCAAAUCCGCUGCAUCAUACGGGUGGAUCCGGCGCCUGGCUUCAAAUACGAGUACUCCCUCUACAUCGAUGGCAAGUCCCAUGACCAAUACACCGAGGAAAUGACGCGGCAGUAUCGGUUAUGGCUAUACACCCAGGAUUCAGCCGCCGAAACGUCGCAGGAAUACAGGAUAAUGCUUAAGUUGGACACGUUGAGUCUCUAUGUGAACGAUGAGCUGCGAACUGAGGAGUCGGCUUUCGUUCAUGGCGGCACUGACACCAAGUUCCUGCUGCAGGACACCGAGUUCGUCCUCCAGGCACGCUCAAGUGGCAAUAAACACGACGGCAUCGUUCACACUCUGCUGGCCAAUGGUGUGGCGGUUCCGGAGGCGAAGAUUCAGGAGAUUAUGCAAGAGCCGGUCUCCAUAUUACAGGCCAACUGAGGGCACUCAACCGAUAGGAUAGCGUUUUGCAUUUGUUGAAUUUUUUCUCCCUUGCCCUCGCCUUUGGCCCAUCCAUCCCUUCCCCACUUAGAAUUGUUAAUAAAAGUUUGAAACAUUUUAAGAAAUUACGUUUUUCUGUGGUGGAAUUUGUAAAUAAAAAGAGAAUUUCAUUUCUUAUACAAUACUUUAUUCGUUUUCCGUUUAUAUGCAUAAUUGUAACGCCAGUACUGAUUGCGUUUUCAAUUUCAUUUUUGACAUUUUGCUAUCAUCUGUAUCUGAAUCUGUAUCUGUAUCUGUAAGGUUAAUGCCAAAAAGUGCGUCCAGUAUAUAAAAUGAGUCGCAAUUAUCGGUUGAAGAAAAUACAAAUACGUGUGUAUAUAAUACGGUGAUAAUAAAAUCAUUAUUUUCUAAUUAAACAUAGUUGGUAGAACAUGGUUAUCAAACACAACAAUAGAACUAAUGGAAAGGCUAAUGGAUAGACCGGGUUAGAUUCGGGUUAUCGUGUCUAUAACUCGGUAAUCGUUAAGUGCAAUUUUAAAUUGAUUUAGUGUUUCAUUGCUGAUUGCUUACUAUUUUUUGUUUCUUGAAUCAAAAACUUGGUUUGAUCGUUAUUACCUCUUUUUUUUUUAGAUUGCGUUGUAUUUGGAAAUAUAACAACAUUCGCAUAAUUCUUAUGUUUUUGUUUUUCGUUUGCUUUUCAUACAUUAACAAGUAACAUUUUUCAUCAAAUUUAAAUUUAAUUUAAGUUUUUCUUUUUAAGUUUAAAGUCAAUUAAAAACACAAUAUCUUAUUUUGCAACACAAUGAUAUUACUUUCUUUUAUGAUCACUAAUUUUGCAUAAAUUUCACAAUAUUUUUGUAUGUGGAUUAUAAAAAAAACAUAAUAUACAAUUUGUAACGUUUAUAUUUUAUAUUUAAAGAUUUUGUUAAAAUUGUACGCCGUGUACACAAAAAGAUGUAACCAAAAGGAUUAGCAUUUUGAUUUACUUUUUGACCAAAGUUAGCAUCACUUAAAAAAUUGUAAAUAUAUUUUAUAUUCCUUACGCUUGAGAUGGCCUUAGAUGUGCCUCAAUAAAUUAACAAAAAUAUAUAAAUAUACGUUUGUUGUUGUAAGUACAGCGGAAUGCAUUAAAAAAACAAUA